CUUUACUCUUCUCUUCUCUGCGUCGCCAAAUCCCUUAUCCGAUCUCUUCUUCUCAGCCCCGAUAGGUUGACGUCGCCGAUCGAUCGGUGGAGUUGGCCAAUUUUGGGAGUCGAGCUUCGAUUUCGUUGAUUGGAGAUCGGAAUCGAGUUGUUUGGUUGAUUGAUUCUUAGUUCUUCUCUGGGAGAAAGUUUGGAUCUUUGUUCGUGAUGCCUUCUUCCAUGGCGACGGCGUUGUCGUACUGGUGCUACCGGUGUAGCCGCUUAGUGAGGGUGUGGCCUGAGGGCGCCAUCGUCUGCCCCGACUGCGACGGGGGUUUCCUCGAGGAGGUGGGCGCCUCCCCUCCUCCCCGCCGCCGUUUCCCCCCAGGCAGCGACGGGCCGUCUGCCGCAGCAGCUCCCAGAUCUCGUCCUUCCGCCGACCUCAGGUUUCGCCGCAACCGCCGCGGCGCUUCCGGAGACCGCUCGCCGUUCAAUCCGGUCAUCGUGCUUCGUGGCUCAUCGGGAGGAGGUGAACGUGACGUGGAUGGGGCCGCCGCUGGCGGCUUCGAGCUUUACUACGACGAGGGCACUGGAUCCGGCCUCCGCCCCUUGCCGGAAAGCAUCUCGGAUUUUCUGAUGGGAUCCGGAUUCGACCGCCUUCUCGAACAGCUCGCGCAUCUGGAGAUCAACGGCGUCGGUCGCAUCCGAGGAAACGAGCAUCCGCCGGCAUCGAAGGCCGCCAUUGAGUCGAUGCCGACUGUCGAAAUUGUCAAAGGCCAUAUCGAUAUAGACUGCCACUGCGCGAUCUGCAUGGAUGCCUUUGAGCUCGGGACCGAGGCUCGGGAGAUGCCCUGCAAACACAUCUACCACCAAGAUUGCAUCUUGCCAUGGCUUUCGCUCCGCAACUCAUGCCCUGUAUGCCGUAGCGAGAUGCCGGCGGAAGUCCCAGGACAAGCUACUACGGGGCCGGCGGCCCUAGACAAUGAACAUACUGAUGCCGCCGCUUCCCCGGCUGCAUCCGGGAACGAGGAGGAGACAGUGGGCCUAACAAUUUGGAGGCUUCCUGGUGGAGGAUUUGCAGUGGGAAGGUUCGCGGGUAGCCGGAGAACCACUGAGGAACGGGAGUUCCCUGCAGUUUACACCGAGAUGGAUGGUGGAUUCAACAACAAUGGUGCACCAAGGAGGGUCUCAUGGACCUCAGGAGGGAGAAGGUCAAGGGAGAGGGGAGGAAUUGGUCGGGCAAUUCGCAGUUUUUUCUCCUUCUUCAGGCGACCACAGAGGGUUUCUUCUCCGCGGUUGAGCUCAGAAUAUAGUAGUCCAGCAUGAACCAUGUUUAGAUAGCAAUGCAGCUCUGGCUGCUCGGUUUGAGUAUAGAAAUUUGCAGUGGUAGCUUCAUCACUGUAAAUAUAUGAAGAUGUAGAACAAUUUAGCUUUGGCCGAAUUAGCUCGAAUCCAAAUCAACUAGAUCAAUUUGUUAGAAGACUCUGGAUCUAUUCUAUUCAUCCAAGGAGUGAAUUUGAUUCA